GUCCACAACGCAUCAUCUCAAGAGAAUCACGCUCUCGUGCACAAAAUAUCCAUCAUGGAUGACUUGAUUGCGCCUCUUCAGGAUAUUAUGGAAGGUCAAAUAGACUUCCAUGGUCAGCGAAUUGCGGAAAUCCUUUGUACAGUGCUCCUCGUUAUUUCCGGUGCCGUUGCAUUCGUGGCCGGCUAUAUCUACCAGGACAUCCAUCUGACACUGUGGCUCGGGUUGGUCGGCACAAUUCUCACUGCGUUAAUUGUCAUCCCUCCUUGGCCUAUCUACAACAGAAAUCCAGAGAAAUGGCUCACUCCCGGCACUGGGAAGAUUGGCGGUGCAGGGAUUUUGGUAGAUGGGAGUUAAAGAGUUGCUUAGAAUACUCCAUACGGCAAUGACGCCCAAGGAAAACAAGUCCAUUUUAUCGGAAACUACCGCCAACCUUCCUCGAUAGCGGUAUCUUGUCGUCAGAAAGCAACCACCCCCCCGUGGCCAUGUCUUCCCUGCAUGUACCCUCAAACCCACUAUCAAAAGUCUGAAAAAGAAAGAGAACUACCAUAACGCCGUUUAUGACCCAUGUCCUAUCCGAAUUGAGUGUACAUUCCAUCAGGAAUGGCAGAUUCAUAUGACAUUAUAAAGCGUCCGAAUAAAUCAUGAAAACGCAUGCUGAGGGCACCGUUGAGCACCACGAUCGUCGCCCGCGACCUACCGACCGUAUUUCUGAAACUCCCAGUCCCUAUUAUCCAAAGGACAGACCUGACGGGUCUUGAGCCAGCGCGAAAUGCAAUGGAAAUGGAACGCAUGCUGUGAAGAUUUACAGGGUAAAAGACAUUAGCACCCCAGAUUUCCAUGUAAGCAAAUCCCGCACGCACGGAGGGAGGGACUCACGUUGCAUAUUCCCCAGGCUACAGUACAUUCCUCAGUUGUGGACGAACCCUGGUUUGCUUGGCACUCAAUACCUAUAUGCGCGAGUUCAGUUGUGAGAUAUGGAUCGCCCCCAAGCUCUGGAAAGAAUACGUACAUAGGUCCAUAAUGUGGUUGCGGCAGAUAGCGCAGUUAUCAACGACGAUGUCCCAUGCCCAUAGAGCAACGGCAUUCCACUUAUCUCGUAGUCCCGGUCAGCUUCGUGGCAUAUGAUUUAGUUGUAAUGUAUAUACGCCUGUACGUACCUUUUUGACUUCAAACUUCUUCUUUCCGUCGUUGGUGCCUUCAGAGGCCUUAGUCUUGGUUUUCGGCGCGCCAGAAGCGGCUUCCUUCAUUUCAACGUCUGCCAUUCUGCUUUCUGGAUAGUCCCACUGCGAGUAGCCACCGAAACGGCAAAUUCCAACUUUGGAAUGGCCUUGUCCACUGGUGUACGCAGUAGGGAGGGGGUAUGUUGAUUACGUAGUAUGCUGCGAUGAGGAACAAGUAACGCUGCGAUACAAGAGAAAGAGCGUCUGAAGGCAACUGAGAUAUGGAUAUCAGCAUAGGAUACCUUCGAGAACAAUCCCAAAUCCGCCCAAGGGAAUACUGCGUACGGUGUACAAGCCAACAGACUGGAGUCGAG